UUUUUUUUUGACAUUCAAAGGGUGGGAGGGGACGAUCAGUGUAGUAACUCCCUCUUGGGCAUGACCAUAGGAGCUCCCUAUCUGCUAAUAGAAGGUCCGGUUCGAGCCAUAGCUACCGUCCUUGAGAACGGGCAGACACCACGUCAUCACUUGGUGCACGGCGGCGAGAAAUCCCCCUCUUCGAUCCACAUACGGUUCAAAAUAAAGCCUAUUAAUGCCACCACCGGAUACCGGCACAAAUGUGUCUCUCGGGGCACGAACCGACGCAGGUGUUAAAGAGAGAUAGUGGCUCCCACCAAUAGCACUACCAUCUAGGCGGUCCUGAAUGUAUGGUUGGAUCCUUCCUUGGUCUUGCCUUCUAGGCUAAGUUCUUCUAAACUUAACUUAUUAAUAGUUUUGUGUGUUUUGUUCCUUUUUUUUUUUAGAAUUUUUGUUAAAUUUAUAUAAUUUUUUAUUUUUGUUAAAUUUACGUAAUUUUUUUAAAUUAAUCAUACGUCUCGUUAAGAGAAGUCUAAAAAAAACAAAAAAAUAUUUCGACAACGAAGAAAUUGGUGGUUUAGAGCAUUGGAAAGUAAUGUGACUUCUGCUUUUGAGAUAGGAUCAGAUAUUGGAACUGUUUGUAACACUUGGAAUCACAAUCUCUCUCUCUCUCUCUCUCAGAGUUCUGAUCCAGCUUCUCACUUUCUGGCGAAAACACCCCGAAUACUGAAGAGUAACUGCAAAUCCGUAGUUCUUACUACCUCGGCCGUAGUACUGACACCCGAAUUUCCGGCGGAAGAUCUAGUACCCCGAAUUCUGGUCACGGUUCUCCCUGUUAAUGCAACGUUUUUGCUUCUCCAUUCCUCUCAAAAUUGCUAAGAAAAUAGUCAAGGAUCAUCCGAUUACUCUCAUGGCUGAAGCUUUUGCAGCUUGCACCCAACCUAUCUGCGACAUUGGGAAGUGUUUAUGGGCUCGUAUUGCAACACGCAUCAAUUAUGCCAGAAAGUUGUCGAAGAAUAGGAAACUGCUCUGUGAAAAAGCACAUGACUUGAGUCUCAAACGAAAGGAUAUUGUUGCUGAAAUUGAAAGAUCAAAUCUGCAAAAAAUUGCAACGAAUGAAUGUGAUGAUUGGAUAGGAAAGGUGCAAGAGAUGGAAAACAAAGUUGGGACUAUACAGCCAGAGUUGAAUGAGGAGAAGAGAUGUGUUGGGGGAUUAUGUCUUGACAUUUUUGCUCGUAUCAAGCUUGGUAAGCGAGUUGUAAAUAUGAUCGAUGACAUUAACGAACUCCUAGAUAAGUCCAAGUUUGAAAGAGGAUUUCUUGUUGACGCACCAGUAGCCACAGUUGAGAAUCAACCAGACCCCCCUUCAACAUUAGCAGAAUCCGCAAAUCGUACACUUGACAUGGUACUUGACAAAAUUCAACACAAUAGCACCCUAAAGAUUGGUAUUUGGGGAAUGGGCGGGGUGGGGAAGACAACUAUUUUGAGACUCUUGAAUAACACACCCGAAAUUGCAAGAAUAUUUAAUUUCGUGAUAUGGGUGACUGUCUCAAAAUCUCAAAGCAUUAGAAUGAUACAAGAAGAAGUUGGGCAGCGUUUAUCAGUAGAAAUAACGAAGGGUGAGUCUGAUGACAGAGUAGCAAUUAAAUUGCGUCAGAGACUUAACGGCAAGAAGUACCUAUUACUUUUAGAUGAUGUUUGGAAUAUGGUGGAUUUAGAUGCUGUAGGGAUACCAAAUCCCAAUCAGAACAAUGGUUGCAAAGUUGUUUUAACAACUAGAAAGUUCGAAGUUUGUCGUCAGAUGGGAACUGAUGUUGAGAUCAAGGUGAAGGUUUUGCCAGAAGAGGAAGCUCAGGAGAUGUUUUACACAAAUGUGGGAGAUGUCGUGAGGCUUCCCACCAUCAAACAGCUUGCUGAAAGCAUUGUCACAGAGUGCGAUGGCUUGCCACUUGGGCUAAAGGUUGUAAGUGGUGCGUUACGGAAGGAGGAAGAUGUGAAUGUUUGGGAGAAUUUCUUGAGGGAAUUAAGGUCACCUGCUACGUCUUUCAUUAAAGACUUGAAUGAAAAGGUGUUCAACAUACUAAAGGUUAGCUACGACCACUUAGAAGAUACUCAAAAAAAGCAAUGUCUUUUAUUUUGUGGAUUGUAUCCAGAAGACUCCGAAAUUAAGAAUUCUGAAUUGAUAGGAUAUUGGAGAGCCGAGAGGAUUCUUUCUAGGGAACUUACUUUGCAUGAGGCACAUGUUAAGGGACAUGCAAUAUUGCGAGCUCUCAUAGAUUCGUCUUUGCUGGAAAAAUGCAAUGGAGAUGACUAUGUGAAGAUGCACGAUGUUGUUCGAGACUUGGUUUUGGCAAUGACUUCCCCAAAAGGAGAAGAACCCCAACAUCUAGUGAGAGCCGGAAUUUCUUCAGAGAAGAUUCCAGAUGCGGUGGAAUGGGAAAAGGCAACAAGAAUAUCGUUUAUCAAUCAUGACUUGCGCAAUUUACCGGAAUCACCAGACUGUCCAGCGCUCGUGACAUUGUUGCUUCAAGGAAAUGGCUAUUUAGGGGUGAUACCAGAAACUUUUUUUAAAAACAUGCCUAACCUCAAAGUUUUGGAUCUGUCACACACCGGCAUCAAAUCAUUGCCAACUUCAAUAUCUAAAUUGGAAAGUCUUCGAGAACUAGUGCUUUUAGAUUGCUACUCUUUGGAAGCUCUCCCUGCUGGAGUGAUAUGCAAACUGUCUCAGAUUGAAGUAUUUAAACUUUUUAAAAUUAGUCCAGGUACAAGUGAGCUGAGUGAUGGAAGUGCAGAGAUUGUUGCGAAAGAACUAAGCGAGUUGAGCUCACUUUCUUGCCUUGAAUUUGACUUCCGGAGAGUGGGUAAUCUGCACAACUUCCUUGAAAAUAGCAGAUCAUGGAAAGAGGGAAGAUUGACGCAAUUCUGGUUCUUUGUUGGAGAUUAUAGGCCCUUAUUCCGUCCGUUUUGGUUUAGUGGGUAUAAUAUGUGUCUAUUUUAUGACGGACGAGAAGAAAGGAGUAGCGGCCUUCCCUCAACCAUACAGGAUGUACUUAGGCGUUCAAAUUAUUUUGGAUUGAGGGGUCAUGAAAAACUUAAUACUCUUUUAGAAGUAGGUGCGCACAACACGUAUGAAUUGAGAUGUUGCGUGAUUCGAGAAUGUGUCGCGCUUCAAGACAUCGUCAACAGAAAUGGUCUAGAAAUGGGCGCUUUUCCAAAACUGGAAUCUUUAAUGUUGAUCGAUCUGCCGGAAUUGAAGACAAUUCUUUGUUUGGAGACGGAGGAGGGAGCAUUACUACCAGCCCUGCCACCAAAUGCAAACAUCUUUACCAACCUGAAAGAUUUGAGGCUUGAGACAUGCCCAUUAAUUAAACAGGUCUUCUCAAGUGGAUUCAUGGUUCAGCAACUGUCCAACUUGGAAGAAUUGUGUGUAGAUAAUUGUGGAGGAUCGAAGGGGAUGAUUCCAGGGGAUGAAAUUGUCGAACACGAGGCUCUGCCCAAACUGAGGAGAUUGUGGCUCUGGGACUUAUCCGAAUUUGUCAGCUUUUUCAAAGGUGUUCCCAUGCGUUGGCAAUCACUGGAGUCGGUGUCGAUAAGAAAUUGUCCGAAGCUGAGAAAACUCCCCUUCGACACUAAUAGCGCUCCUAAUUUGGAGGAAAUUAUGGGCUCUCAGGAGUGGUGGGAUGUAUUAGAGUGGGACAAUGAUGCUACCAGAUUACAAUUUCAGCCUUUUUUCGAGAAGAAUUAGUAAGCGUCCCGUCUAACAGUUUUCAAAAGGUGGGAUAUAUAUUAUAUAUUAUAAUAUAAUAUGAUGAGGCGUCAACCCAAAUUGGUUUGCAGUAGCAAUAAAUGAAGGCGGUGUGUGUAAGGGUUUGUCCAUCCUGAUGUGAGUUAUUAUAAGCUUUUAAUUAAUUAAUUAAUUAAUUGGU